AGGCUUUAGCGCCUCUCUUCUUCACGACCACGCUGUGCUGAACCCGCCAGCAAAAUGCUCCCUCUUACUCUCAUCUAUCUCCUGCAGCAGAUAUUGGGGGGAAAUGCGCAACAAUCGUCAUUCCAGUUGCCACUCAAUAACUUGUCAAACUUUACUGGAACGACGCUCCCAAACCCUGCUGUGUUAUCAAUACCAAGUUCUCAGUCAAGCAACUUCACGAUCACGGUCGCGUUAUGCUCCUCAAGUCCACAAAUACCUCGAUUUAUACUAUCUAACGACACAAGUAUAACACAACCUAGUCAACCUGAUUUGGAUACACCAAACGUUUUUGAAGUUUCUUUGAACAACGGUUACGGGAACUGGACGGGCCUCAUGCCGAACGGAGGUUUUAUGUCCGUCCUGAAUGCUGGACAGACACCAUUCGAAGUUGGUGUUUCGGAUGGCGUCAAUUCUAUUAGACAAUUGCGUUCCCCCUCGCUUUACGGUCAUUCGUUCCGCUGAAGCGUGUAUGAACGUGUAUUGAACGCGAAUAUGAAGCCUCCAUCCAUGUUCCCGAAGGCAGAAAAUGCAGACCCUAUUUUGACAUUCAUCUUAUCCGUCUAUAAUAGGUCCUAUGCAUGAAAUCAUGGAUAGUUACCCAUUCCUCGGAGAUACGACUUCGAAUCAAGCACUUUUAUUCUCCCCCGCGUUCGGGGAGGCAUCCACAUCAAAUCCCACAUAUCCUAAUUAUACGUUGCCUGCGGCGAAUCUAUCAUUUCCUCAGGGUCCCUCUUCACCACCGAACUUCACGCUAAUAAUUGUACCAACAUCAUCGUCGUCACUUGCUUCAGUACCGCGAACAGCAUGUGCAAUGUCUUCGGUCAGGGCCGCUGACGUAUUGCAUGAAGGCCCAGCAGAAAGCGAAGGCUUAUGGUUGAAGGAUCAGGCUGGGUGGAGGUGGCAAUGGCUGGUCAAUGGAUUAACGCCUGCGACCAACUACACUGUGUAUGCGAUGCAGGACAACAGCAAAGUCAGUAGUCCAAUAAACUUCGUUACCAAGUCAGCGUCAUUUGAUUGUCCUAUUGUUCACUCAUUACCAUUCUGUCCAUCAAUUUCGUAUGCUGUACCAAUACAAGGACCGUCUUUGCCUGCAUCGGCACACGAUACAACGACCCUGCCGGAAGAAUUCUACAGUCCUCUUCUAGAAGUCCUCACGAACUUCACGGUAUCUCUGACCACGUUCCCAUGCGGACGCGAUAUGUACAGUCCCAUUGUAGGAUGCGCAGAUUGCCAGCAGGCGUAUCGAAGGUGGCUCUGUGCCAUCUGGUUCCCUCGAUGUUCAGAAGCGGCCCCGGACUCCGGUGACAGCACACAGAAGCCACUGUCUGCUUUGCAAGCACAGGCACCGUCGGCAACUCCUCGCAGUCCCUCCCUUCCACCUUUUCCGUCAGGGUACAAUGCGCUGUUGCCGUGUUUGGAGACAUGUACUGCGGUUGAUAGGGCUUGCCCCAUCUCAUUGGGGUUCAAGUGCCCGAUCCCACGCUUCACGGCAAAGGCCAGCUAUGGUGUCGGCUAUAUUGACACUGGUGAGGAAGGAGACGAGGGUGGCGGCCUGACUGGUACCGCGCAGGAUCGGUGGGGAAACGUCUGGUGCAAUCUAGGUUAGAUGGGCUGGUCCCCAGGGUGACACUGUAUACAAUGAUGUUGCGUGGUGUGUACAGUACCGAUUGUUUUUUUUGCUGUAUCAUACUAUGACUUAUUGCACUUUUGGCUCUAGUGUAUGUACGGAUACAGCUUGGAUACUUUCAAUCGUCGAUUUCGCUC